AUGAUAGCUAACUACGAAGAAGAAAGCAUUGAAUAGCUAAAAAAUCAAAUACAUGAUUUAGAAUCAGAAGUCUCUGCUUUAAGAGUUUAGCUAAAAAGUAAGGAAAAUGGAUGGAAUAAAGAAAAAGCUAUUCUUUAACAGUAGAUAGAGCUAUAGGAUAUGUAAAUUAAAGAAUCUAAGGCAAGAGAAGAAAAUUUUAGGAAAAUGAAUGAGACUUUUAUGGAGACUUUAUAAGGUUUAACAAAUGACAGUAGUAAAUUUACAAAUAAGUCACUCAAAGAUUUAAAAGGUAUGUUUGAAGGAAUCAGUCAGGAUAAUGAAUAGAGUAAGAUAAAAAAAUAAGAUCUUAUCACUAAACUAGAAGCAGAAAACAGAGAAUUGAAAGAUUAAAUCCAUGAAAAGUAAUUGGAGCUGUAAAAAGAGAUUCAUGAGAGUGAGAAGAAUAUGUUAAAGAUGACAAGUGAAAUUAAAGACCUUAACAUUUAAAAUUAAAAUCUACAAGGCAUAAUAAAAAAGCUUGAAGAAGAAAAAAGGACAAUUAAGGAUAUUGCUGAAUAGGAAGCUUAACAGAAAAUAAACGAUUUGUAAAAUGAAUUCAAUCGCAUUAAGUAAGAAAAUGAGAAAGAGAUGCUUAAUAAUAAUGCAUUGAAUGAGGAGAGAAUUCAGUAAAUUAAAGAACUUUAUGAAAAAGAAAAAUAAGUGUAUGAAAGCAAGAUCAUUAAAAACAAAGAAAACCUUAGUUCAGAGCAGAUGCUCACGUAAACUUAUUUUGAGGAAUUGUAGAUUGCUCAUUAAACAGAAAUACAACAGCUUUAAUUACAAAUAUAAACAUUGAGAAAUCAACAUCUUUUCGAAUAAUAAUAAGCAUAAAAAGAAAAGUAAGAAAAUGAGUUAAAAAUGUAGGAAUUACAAGAGAAAUUUAAGAGCUUCAAAACUAAAAGUAAAACAAAUGAUUAAAAUAUAAAGCUCAUGAAAGAAAAACUUGAAAAAUCAAAGUAAGACACAGAAUAAAUAAACUAACUUAAUGAAUAGAAUAAAAAACUCAAAUAAAAAAAUAAGCAAUUAACAGAGUAAAUCAAAAAAUUAGAGUAGGUUGAGAUAAAACUCAAAGAUUAGCUUAUUGAAAAAAAUCACAUCAUAGAAGAAGAAAAACUAGGUAAUGUUAGAAAAGAGAAUAUUAUAAAAAAUAUGCAAGAGAAUACAACUUCUGUGGCUCAUCAUGAAUAAUCUAACUUUGUAACAGAUCAUGAUUUAAGCAUAUCUUAAUUCUAGCUCAGAUAGUAAAAUAAUAAUUUAUUUUCUGCAAGCGUUCUAAAUAAUAAUACAAAUCCUAUUCAUUCUUCUGUUUAGAAUAUGGAUGGAUUAGGAUUGGGUAACCCUAACCAUUAAAUUUCCUAAGGAGGGUUAAGCUCACAUUAAUAGUCUUAUAAUUAACAUCUGAAAUCCGUAUCUGAAUGCGAUUUCCAAUAGAUUAUUUAAAGUAAUUAGUAAAUUGCUUAAAAUAACUCAGAAAUAUUUAUUCAACAAGAUAGCAAUCCUAAAAUUAAUACAGAUGAAAUUCCUAAAAGGGCAGCUCCAAAUAGAGCCUAACAAAGACUCCAAGGAGGUAACAAUCCUCUUGCAGGUUAGAUUAUUCAAAGAGGAUAAAGUAAGAAUAUGAAUUCACCUGAAGCUAAAUAACAGCACCUUCUAUAAAUGCAAUAGCUGUAACAAUAGUAAUUCUAACCACUCAUAUAUAAAUAAAAUUCGAAUAACAAUUUAUUCUAACAAAAUAUUCCAGUAAAUCAAAAUAAUAAUCUAAACAAUGGAAUUUAUAAAUCAAUUUCAAGCAGUAACAGUAAUUUAGGUUUAGUUAAUAACUAAACAAAUAGGACUAACUUAAGUGGUGGUGGAUUAAUGCUAACAACUAAUUAAGAUGUUAUGAUGUACACCUAAAACACAUAAAAUAACUAUACAGAUGAAGAUAUUGUAAAUAUACAGAAUUAGGCUAAUGAAAAACCUUAGCAAGGAAUAAUUGCAAAUUCAGCUCUAGUUCAUUCUUCAUCAGCUAAUUCAAUGAAUAAUCAAAAUAUUUAUUCAAAUAAUAUUUUUUAUAAUCCAAAUAAUCCAACUAAUAGCUAAAUAUCUAUGCCUUAGUCUGUAUAAUCCAGAAAUCUCUGUGAAGGUUGCCGUGUUGGAGUUAAGCAUUUAUUCUCUCAAUAGCGUUAGAAUCUAUCUGUACCUUCACGCCAUGUUAACAGUAGUAAUGCUUAACUUUAGCAAGUUUCUUAGCAUCAUCAGAGCCUUGAAGAUGAUCAUAAUCAAUUUGAAAUAUAAGAUUUAUAGCUUUAAGUUGAAGAUUUAAGCAGAUAGCUAGGUGAGAAAAAUUAUGAAAAUGAGUAAUUAAAGUAAUAAAUUAAUACUUUAGAGUAAGAAAUUUUAAGAAUUUCAGAUAGUCACAGCUAGGCGAUAGAAUAAAAUCAAAAUUAAUGUAAAGAAAUAGAUAGGCUAAAUGAACUUUUAUCUCAGACAUCAGCAGAAAAGAAAAAAAAAGAAGAGAACGAAGUAGCAUUAAAGUAAGAAAUAAAAUAUUUAGUAGAUAAACUAUUGAAGGCCAAAGAAAAAAUAGAUUUAUAGCAACAACCAUAAUAAGAUACUAAAAAUAGUGAUUAAUUAUCUUAAAAUUUAUAUACAGAAUUUUCUAAUAACAAUUAAUUUUAAAUUUAAAAUAACAACAAAAACAUGUAUAACUAAAGCAAUAAUAAUCUUAAUAAUUCAAACUUAGCUAAUAGUCCUAAAAUAAAAGUAAAUAUUUCGAAUAAUUUUGAUAAGAAUUCUCAAAUAUUUAAUGAAACAAAUUCAAAUGCUAGAUCAAACACAUUAACAAAUAAGCUUGGCACAGAUUUAAACCUUCAAAAUAAAUUCAAUUCAAUUUAUUCAAGUAACUACAAUAGUGUAUUAAAUAACUAAUAAAAUAGUAAUGAUGCUACUACUUGCAACCAUAAUUAGAAUAAAGUACAAAAUCCCAAUUUAAUUAAAAAUUCUUAACUUACUACCUCAGUUAAUAUUUCUUAAAUGCUCAAUUAGUCAAGUUGUGUAAACUAAAGCUUAUGUUUGAAUUGCUCAACUAAAUCUCCAGGAUUCUUGAAUUUUAUUCACUAAAAUAAAGAAAACUCCUCUUUCUAGACAAGAAAAAAUGGCUACGGUGAGGAAAAAAUAUUAUUUGGUGCUCUGGAAAAGAGUCCAACAAGCAAUUACAACUUAGGUAAAAGCACUGAUUUAUUAUAGCAAGAUUUCCAAAAGUACAAAGGUAUAAUUAAUACAAGCCAAAACCUCAAUAACUAAAAUACUUCAUAAGCUAGUAACAAUUUAACUUCAAAUAAUAAUUUAGAAUAAUAUGAUAGCAAUAUCAAAGCAUACUCAAAUCUAGGUACUGGCUUAUAUUAAAACAUAACAAAUAGCUAUAGAUAAACUUCCUAAUGCAGCUAAUACAGUUCUAAUAACCUAAGUUAAAAUCAAGGAAAUUCAAAUAUUUGUAGAAGCGAUAGAAAAGGAUAAAAUAACCUAAAGAGUAUGAUUCAAAAAGAGGAAGAAAGAGGAUUCUAUUUUAGAUCUAAAACUCCAUUCACUUCAAGAUUUAAUUAAUCUCUUGAAAAAUCUAAUCACAUACCAAUGCAAGACACAUCAACUAACUUUGAGUAAACAAAAAAAUAACUGUUUUCUCAAGAAAAUAAUAUAAAUUAGAUAAAAAACCCAUUAAAAGCCUUAUAAUAACAACAAUUGAGAAGAAAUGAAAUUCCAAAAUCUAAACCCAGCUAUUUAUUUGAUUGA